AUGUUAAUUUUAUUAGUAAGAUCUGACAGAAAUCAACCACCAGAAGUGAAAAAUAGAACAUUCAUAACAGAUUUCAUCCUCCUGGGUCUGACAGAUAAUCCAGAACUACAGGUUGUGGUUUUCUUCUUUUUAUUUCUCACAUACGUACUGAGCGUUACUGGAAAUCUAACUAUCAUCACUCUCACCCUGUUGGAUCCCCACCUGAAGACCCCCAUGUAUUUCUUCCUCAGGAAUUUCUCCUUCUUAGAAAUUUCAUUUACUUCUGUCUGUAAUCCCAGAUUUUUGAUCAGCAUUCUAACUGGGGACAAAUCCAUAUCCUACAAUGCUUGUGCAGCUCAGCUAUUUUUCUUUAUCUUCCUUGGAUCAACAGAGUUUUUCCUCCUGGCCUCCAUGUCCUAUGAUCGCUAUGUGGCUAUCUGCAAGCCUCUGCAUUACACGGCCAUCAUGAGUAACAAGAUCUGUUACCAGCUUGUCAUCGGCUCCUGGCUGGCUGCUUUCUUGGUCAUUUUCCCACCUCUGGCCAUGGGCUUACAGCUGGAUUUCUGUGACUCCAAUGUCAUUGACCACUUUACCUGUGACUCAGCUCCUGUGCUGCAAAUCUCUUGCACAGACACCAGUACUCUAGAGCUCAUGAGCUUUAUUUUAGCUUUGUUUACUCUCAUGUCCACUUUGACAUUAAUAAUUCUCUCCUACACUUAUAUCCUGAGAACAAUUCUGAGAAUCCCCUCAGCUCAGCAAAGAAAAAAGGCCUUCUCAACUUGCUCCUCACAUAUGAUUGUUGUCUCUAUCUCUUACGGAAGCUGCAUCUUCAUGUAUGUGAAAACAUCAGCAAAGGAAGGAGUUGCUUUCACGAAAGGGGUAGCUAUGCUCAAUACCUCUGUCGCUCCUAUGCUGAAUCCAUUUAUUUACACUCUAAGGAACCAGCAGGUGAAACAAGCAUUUAAGGAUGCUGUGAGAAAAAUACUUUCCUCAAAAACAUUGAUCUGA